AUGGCUUUGAAAAUAUUUUGUGUAGUGAUCUUAUUGGUAUUUUGUCAUGCAGUGCAAGGAACUUCGAUUCUUGCACUUUUCUCCUCUUUAUCGUACACUGAUCAUUUGGUCUUUAGAGGAUAUGUAUCAAGACUGGCUCUUAAUGGAUACGAUAUAGUCGUCAUGACUCCAUACCCUGGGCACUUCAAAUUCCCAGAGGCAGAGAAGAUCAUCGAGCUCGAUGUCAGUGAAGAGUCGGCGCCGUUUUGGGAUGAGUUCAUACUGUUGAUGACCAAUACUGAUGACUACUAUCCUAGGCAAAAGGCUAUAAAUGAAUUCUCAAUAAAACUGGCAAUUGCUCAGUUGAAGUCGAAAGCGAUGAUGUCCCUAUUCAUCAACCCAAACUUGAAGUACUUCGACUUGGUUAUCACCGAAGCGGAUGUGCCUCUGCUUUACGCGGUUGCUGAAAAAUAUAAAGCUCCCCAUAUUGCCAUCACUGCAACCAGCGGCAGGAUCCACCAACAUGAAUCAAAGGGCAACCCCAUCCAUCCAAUUUUAUACCCAGAUGUGAACACUUUGAACUACGGGAAUAUGAGUAGAUGGCAAAAAAUCAUUGAGAUCUAUCGACACAUUCAAACGAGGAAUGAAUAUUAUAAUAAUUAUUUGCCACUUUGUGAAUUGGCCGCUAAGAAACUAUUUGGAUUGAAGAGAAGUCUUCUUGAAGUCGAAUACGAUAUUGAUUUUCUGUUCGUAGCUGGAAACCCAGCGUUGAUUGGUAACAGACCAAAUGUUCCAGCUGUUGUGUACGUCGACCGUAUGCAUAUUAAUCCUGGCCUAAGGUUACCAAGAGAGCUACAAAGUCUUUUGGAUUCUUCAACUAAAGGUGUCAUAUACUUUAGUGUGGGUGCAAUACAAGAAGCAGAACAGCUGUCGCCGUCCCUAUUACAAACCUUGGCAGAAGCUUUCGGCGAGGUUCCGUACACAGUUCUCUGGAGGAUUGGUGAUACGACGAUGAUUAAGAAACCUGAUAAUGUUUUUACCAAAUCUUGGUACCCACAGCAAGAAGUUCUUGCUCAUCCUAACGUUAAAGCCUUCAUAACGCAUGGUGGCGCUCGUUCCUUAGAAGAAGCUGUUUUCUACAAAGUUCCAAUUAUUGGCCUACCACUUGUCAAGUCUAGAAAAGUCUUCAUUAACGAGAUUACUAGACAUGGGGCUGGAGAAAUUUUGGAUCCUUAUAACUUAGAUAAAGAAACUGUGAAGGAUACUAUAACAAAAGUGGCUUCGAAUAAGAAAUACAAACAAGCGAUAACAGUUUUGAAUAGUGCGGUUUUUGAUCCCAUGGUGUCUGACCCUGAUAAUGCUGUGUGGUGGACGGAAUAUUUGUUACGACAUCGAAAUGUUCGCCUUCUUCGGUCUCCAGUCGUUGGUGUAUCCUUCUUUAAGUAUUAUCUUUUGGAUGUCGCCUGUUAUCUGCUUCUGAUAACUUUUGUAAUACUGCUUGGAGCGUACGCAAUAAUACGAGUUAUUUUAAAAAGAUUGCGCUCUCGCUUUUCAAACUCUGUUUUAUCAGAAACAACAGGAAAGUUUAAGGCGUUAUAA